AUGACAAUAAUGCAAGACAACAAGAGUUGGGAAAAUACUUCUGCUUUUGUAGUAAGGACGGUCGAAACCGAAACUCGAAAAGGUAACAAAAGCAAAGAGCUAUUGAUUCAUAUCAGCUACGUUACCAGAAAAUGUUGGUUAUGGGCUUUGGAAUCUCCGCAAUUCUGGAACGUCGUUGCGAUCGUAGGGCUAAAAGGAGUCUCCUAUGAUUCAAUACUCCGCAUAUUCACAGACCUUGGUAUUGAUUGUAUCUUAGUCAUAGAUUCGAUAGAUAAAGAGCAAGCCACUAACAUUAUAGAUCACUUUAACGAAUUUUCAGAUUUCGUGAAGCAAUACAAAUAA